GGACCCCGACGAGUACGACCGAGAGGCACGACCGGCACGCGGUGCCGGAGUCGAGCGGCAGACGCCACGAAGUGCGCACGCCUUGCUGCGACCACGACUCGCCACAGCUGCUGCCGUAGCCAGCGGCUAUAUACAAGCUGGGAGGACCGAGUGCUGUUGCUCGCCGCGACUGCCAGCAGGCAGAAGCGAACAACCACGCACACAGUCGAGUCGUCGGCCGCGAACUUUUCAGGAGGUGUCUCUUCCACGCAUCAUCGCUGACGGACAAGCGCCGACCGGACAGCUGCUUUUGAUGUCGCCGGUGCACGACGCGGGCGACGCGUGAAGUGACAGUCAUGAAGUGGCAAGACGGCGGAAGAAAAGACUCGACGGUGCGGUGGCUUCUCCUGUGCGCUUCCUGCCUUGCAGUGCAACUGCUAUGCAGCGUGCUGCCCACGGCCCGAGCACUGGAUGCCGGAAGCAGUACCGGAGGCACGGGUAGCAGUAGUGAGGUGUACCUGAGCAGCGUGGAGCGCGAGAGUGAUUCUCCCGCGACAAGCGACGUGCCUGCGACGUCGGCCGAGACGCCCGGAGGUGGCGACCCGUCGGUGCCUGCUCCGCGGCUCGCCUUCCUCGACAAGAUGCUCGAGCAGUACGACAAGCGCGCCUGGCCCACCUACGGAAUGGGGCAUCCAACGUACGUCAAAGUGAACAUUUACGUGAACAGCAUAGGCCCUGUCAACGCGAACAACAUGGAAUAUGGCAUGGACAUCUACCUGCGCCAGUCUUGGCAGGACCUGCGGUUGAACGUGAGCAAGUACGGAGUGACCACUCCGGUGACCAUCAACGGCGAGGACAUCAUGGGCAAGAUCUGGAAGCCCGACCUGUUCUUCCGCAACGUGAAGGAGGCCAGCUUCCACUACGUCACGGUUCCCAACAAGCUGGUCAAGCUGGGUCCCGACGGAGAGGUGCUGUUCAGCAUGCGCCUCACGUUGCGGCUCGCCUGCUUCAUGUCCUUCAGGCAUUUUCCCUUGGACACGCAACGCUGUCACAUUCUACUCGGACCCUAUGCCCAAACCAUAGAACAAACAGCGAUUUCAUGGCAAGACACGGAUCCCAUUGUACUUGAACGGCCCAUCGAAAUUCCCGAGUUUGAUCUUGUACACAACUCGUAUGGACAUUACAACCGGGCUAUCGACACAGGCGUGUUCAGUUUCCUCAAUGCCACGUUCACCUUGGAGCGCCAGAAUGGCUACCACUUGAUACAGACGUACCUGCCCACCUUCCUGAUCGUCAUGAUCUCCUGGGUCUCUUUCUGGCUCAACGUGGACGCAACGCCCGCGCGAGUCACCCUCGGAGUCACCACGCUGCUCACCAUGACCACCGUUGCGUCGGGCGUGCGCACGCAGCUACCGCCCGUGUCAUACAUUAAAGCCAUCGACGUGUGGAUAGGCGCCUGCUCUGUCAUGGUCUUCGGAGCCCUGCUAGAGUUCACACUAGUCAACUACUUGUCGAGAAGCAAACUGCGCCCCGAGGAGUUUCGCAAGUCUAUCAACAUAUUCCAUCGGAACCGGAAAGGCGGCGAAAAACGAGAUGGCGAGGAAGGUCCCAACAAAUACGAGACCCGCGGGCACAUGGAACUUCAGAAGAACCUCAAGAGGUCCCAGAACGUUGACAAAGUGUGUCGCAUCAUGUUUCCAUUCGUGUUCUUCGUCUUCAACGUCGUCUACUGGUUCUACUACCUCUACAUGAGCGAGUUCACCUGAGGCCGAGACGAAGGCGUUCAGACCGGACACCCGUUGACCUCUCAAAGUUGAAAGACUUGGUUUUCAAGAAGGUCAAUGCUGUCAAAGGGCAAGUUUAGUCCGCGUCGGCCAAACAAACAGACAUGCAGAAAAAAAAGAAUGGGAACAACAAAUACCGUGGUGUAUUUGCUGUAGGGGAACGUUUGCUUUGACUGAAUGCUAUAUGCCCAUCGCAAAUGUUAAAGACAAAAGUGUUAGCGACACCGGCUUUCAUAAUGCGUGGCACAUGAAAUUCGUUGAUGCGCUUUAUUACCGUAUUAACAUAGAGAUUUUUCAGUCAUUAAGUCACCUGACUUAGCAAUGUGUGCUUGCGAACCGACAUCGUCAGACUGGAAUUGUUUCAAUCUGAAGUAAUUCGCGAAAUGUAAUCAUGGUCGCACAAAUAUUGCUUAAGCGUCACCAUACGGGACUGGAGGAACAAAUAGAAGACCCAUGUGUGCUUUUUCAAGCAGCAUAAUUGUUAUUUCUGUGCAUUCCUUCACUCAGCAUUACACCUCCCAAUAGGCUGUGCGUGUGAAUGUCUGAUCACGUUGAGAUCGAACAUUUUACUCUCUGAAGCAUCAGCUGAUUUGGAAAUAUUCACUUCAUUUGUUGCGUGCGUCAAUUCAUUCUUCAACUAUCAAGCAUAGCGCAGAUGUAGUUAGAUGUAAGUACGUGCAGAUUAACAUGUACGUGCAGCAGCAGAUACUAAUUUUACGUAACGCUGCGUCAUUAAGCCUGAUCCCUGCCAGUGUUACCGUCGGUAACAAUGCCAACGACGAUAUUUCAAAAUGCGCAUUCAUAAAUGUCCGUGCUUUGUUUUUUAACUAGCUGUUAUGUUCUACUGGCGGAGAAGCAGAAUUCUGUUUACCGAAGGGGUGUGCGUUUACAGAGGGUUGCACUUUACAGUUCCCAAUUGUAUCAACAAUCCAGCUACUUCACACAGUCAACGUCACAACCAUGGUACUUUUGGAACAAGCCACAUGAAGACACAAGUAUUGAUUUUUUUUCUGGAUGUUUUUUCCUUGACAGAGUUUUCGAGAGAAACAAUCACGGGAUUGAAAUGUCACUUUGGUUGCGUGUUCUUGUUGACAAAAUAUUGUUGCUAAGGUUGUACUUCUGUGGAGUUAGUUCGCUGACUAACAUGGACAUCAGUUUAACUGCAGCGAUAAAUGAGUUGUCAAACACUU